AUGAUCGCGGUGUCCUUUAAGUGCCGCUGCCAGAUCCUGCGGAGGCUCGCGAAAGAGGAAUUCAAGGGCUCCACAAUAGUUGAGUUAAUGAAGAAAGAAGGCACCACGCUGGGGCUCACGGUAUCCGGUGGGAUUGACAAGGAUGGGAAACCCAGAGUGUCUAACCUUCGCCAAGGAGGAAUUGCUGCUAGGAGUGACCAGCUGGAUGUAGGUGAUUACAUCAAAUCUGUGAAUGGAAUCAACCUCACCAAAUUUCGUCAUGAUGAGAUCAUCAGCCUGCUCAAAAACGUUGGCGAGAGGGUUGUUCUGGAAGUGGAAUAUGAGCUCCCUCCAGUCUCCGUACAAGGAUCAGGUGUCAUCUUUAGAACUGUGGAAGUUACUUUACAUAAAGAGGGGAACACUUUUGGAUUUGUAAUACGAGGUGGAGCCCAUGAUGACAGAAAUAAAUCCCGUCCCGUUGUAAUAACAUGUGUUAGACCUGGAGGGCCUGCUGACAGAGAGGGCACAAUCAAACCUGGAGACAGGUUGCUGAGUGUUGAUGGCAUCCGACUCCUUGGGACAACACAUGCGGAAGCGAUGAGUAUUCUCAAGCAAUGUGGACAGGAGGCAACUCUGCUGGUUGAAUAUGAUGUCUCAGUGAUGGAUUCAGUAGCCACAGCAUCUGGACCACUGCUGGUUGAAGUUGCCAAAACUCCUGGGGCUGCUCUUGGCGUUGCACUAACUACCUCGAUGUGCUGCAACAAGCAGGUCAUUGUCAUAGACAAAAUCAAAUCUGCCAGCAUUGCAGACAGAUGUGGUGCACUGCACGUAGGAGACCACAUUCUGUCCAUUGAUGGCACCAGCAUGGAGUACUGCACUUUGGCAGAAGCAACACAGUUCCUGGCUAAUGCAGCAGAUAAUGUCAAACUUGAGAUCCUGCCUCACCACCAGACACGUCUAGCACUGAAAGGGCCAGAACACGCAGCUUUGGUGUCUUCAUCCUUCUCUCCUACCUCCAUGAGUGCAUACAGCCUGAGUUCCCUCAACAUGGGGACCUUACCUCGCAGCCUCUACUCCACCAGCCCGCGCGGGACAAUGAUGAGGCGGAGGAUGAAAAAGAAGGACUUCAAAAGCUCCUUGUCUUUAGCCUCUAGCACCGUUGGUUUGGCCGGGCAGGUUGUGCACACAGAGACCACAGAAGUAGUGCUGACAGCUGACCCCGUUGUAGGGUUUGGGAUACAGCUCCAGGGUAGCGUGUUUGCUACAGAGACCUUGUCUUCUCCGCCCCUCAUUUCCUAUAUCGAGUCCGACAGUCCGGCAGAAAGGUGUGGGGUCCUGCAAAUCGGAGACAGAAUAGUGUCAAUAAAUGGCAUCCCGACCGAAGACAGCACGUUUGAUGAGGCCAAUCAGCUGCUCAGGGACUCCUCUAUCUCCAACAAGGUCACUCUGGAAAUAGAGUUUGACGUUGCAGAAUCAGUUAUACCAAGCAGUGGAACAUUUCAUGUAAAGCUACCAAAGAAGCAUAAUGUGGAACUUGGCAUCACCAUUAGUUCUCCAUCCAGUAGAAAACCAGGGGACCCUCUAGUUAUUUCCGAUAUCAAGAAAGGAAGCGUUGCUCACAGAACCGGGACUCUAGAACUGGGUGAUAAGUUGCUUGCAAUCGAUAACAUUCGGCUUGACAAUUGCUCAAUGGAAGAUGCUGUCCAGAUCCUUCAGCACUGUGAGGACCUGGUAAAGCUAAAGAUCCGCAAAGAUGAAGAUAAUUCUGAUGAACAGGAGAGCUCUGGAGCGAUUAUUUAUACCGUUGAGCUCAAGCGCUAUGGAGGGCCUCUCGGAAUUACAAUCUCUGGUACUGAAGAGCCCUUUGAUCCCAUAAUCAUUUCCAGCCUUACAAAGGGAGGAUUAGCUGAAAGGACUGGGGCGAUUCACAUAGGAGACAGAAUCCUAGCAAUAAAUAGCAGCAGCCUGAAAGGAAAACCUUUGAGUGAAGCCAUUCAUUUAUUACAGAUGGCAGGAGAAACUGUUACCUUGAAAAUCAAGAAGCAAACAGAUGCAACCAGUCCCAAGAAAUUUUCUGUCCCUGGCCACGCGAAUGAACUGAGCGAUGCUGAGGAUGAGACCAUGACUGCACAGAAGCCUGGCAAGCUCUCGGACAUCUAUUCCGCUACGGUCCCAAGCGUUGACAGUGCAGUAGAGUCAUGGGAUGGCUCUGGUGUUGACACUAGCUUUGGAAGUCAAGGAACCAGCAGCUAUCAGGCUUCAGGAUACAACUUCAAUGCCUAUGAAUGGAGGAGUCCUAAGCAGAGGGGCAGUUUGUCCCCUCCAAGUAGACCACGAAACCAUCCGUUUCAUGAUGCAGGUUUGAGUGAUGAUGAAUGGGACCGAUCUACAGCAAGUGGCACAGCCUCCAAGAAUAUGUGGCAACAGAAGGAGACUGAGCCAUUGGGAGAGACUCAAGAAAACCAUUUAAAGCAAGCUGCUGUAGAAAGGUCCGGGGGAGAGAGCAUCAGGAGUGUGAAGAAAGAGGGCAAGCAAUGGAAAGGUGCCGCUGGUGGGCAAAGGAAAGGUGGGGGACACCUGGAAGAGUGGAAUACCCCCAGCUUUGCAGGUACCCAUGAUAACACCGAGGCUGACCAGGAGGAAAAUUUCUGGUCUCAGGCUCUGGAGGAUUUAGAGACCUGUGGCCAGUCAGGAAUUCUGAGGGAACUAGAGGACAAGGCUGACAGGCGUCUGUCUUUGAGAAACAUGACUCUCUUGGCGACCAUUAUGUCAGGAAGCACCAUGAGUUUGAAUCACGAAAACCCACAGCCUCGCAGCCAGCUGGGAAGACAGGCCAGCUUCCAGGAAAGAAGUACUGUAAGGCCCCAUUACAGCCAAGCCACCCGUAGCAACACGUUGCCUUCAGAUGUGGGGAGAAAGUCCGUGGUGCUGAAAAAAAUAAAGCAAGAAAUGAAAGAAAUCAUGUCACCAACUCCUGUGGAGUUACACAAGGUAACUUUGUACAAGGACUCCGAUGGGGAGGAUUUUGGGUUCAGCGUCUCAGACGGUCUGCUGGAAAAGGGAGUGUACGUGAAAAAUAUUCGGCCGUCCGGACCCGGGGAGCUGGGUGGCCUGAAGCCGUACGACAGGCUCCUGCAGGUAAACCACGUCCGUACCAGAGACUUUGACUGCUGCCUCGUGGUGCCGCUCAUCGCCGAGUCGGGCAACAAGCUGGAGCUGGUGAUCAGCAGGAACCCCCUGGCAUCGCGGCAGGGAAGCGCGGAGGAGCCGCCCGCGGCGGGCGGCGAGUGGGGCGAGCCGGGCAGCGGCCUCCUCCACCAGAGCGGCCUCGCCGACGCCCCGCGGGAUCCGACCAACACCUUAUAGCAGCCGAGCCCUGCGCUGGGCCGCUCGGCCACGACACGCAACGACGGUGCUAAACCCCCCCAAGCCUUUCCUGAGGCUCACGCGCGGAUGCCGCGCGGCACUAAAGCACAGGAGGAUCAGUCCGUCCGCCUCAAGGCUUGUAUUAACUCGCGGUCACUUAUGAAAGACUUUGAGUUCGUAGUUAAGUCGUUUUAUUAUAAACAGUCUCCUGUUAGCAACGAGGAGCGAAAAGCGUAAAGCCCCCCCUCACCUCCGAAAAUGAAAACGGGGAGAUGUUCAAACAUGGUGUAACACGGUGUUCAAACAGGGUGUUCCUCACCCUCCAACAGCAGUGGAAAGCACGGAGUUAACCUCUCCUCACGGCGUACAGGUUACACUGUUUUAAAAAGUGUUUUUUAACCAGCAGGCGCUGUCUGAUGGCAGAGCAAGAAGGGCAUGGGGUUGCACCAGGUUUCCCUGUACAUUGGCCGGAGCUGGAAGUCGGGGGGACAUCAGGUCCGUGGCAGGAACUGCCUUCAGACAGCAGCACCGUUCAGACGUUUUAACAAAACCCACGUAGGAAGCUGCAGUACGUGGUGAACAUUACUCCCUAACUGUGGUAAAUUUUUAUUAGAACAUAUGUUAUUCCCUAUGCAAUGAAAUAUUUAACGAUAUGUCUUGCAGCCUGUGAGGUUUUUUGUUGUUGUUUUUAAGCAGAGACUUUUUAGACAGGGGGAUAAUACAUCAGAAGACGGAUUAGUGACAAGAGUAAAACUGAGUUUAGACAAAUUAGAAAGGUUUUAAAGUAAAGGGAUCUUUUUAAUUACAUCCAAGAUUGACAUGAAAGCUCCUUAACGAUCCAUAAAACUCUAAACUUGUAGUGUUAAAUAUGAGCUCUCUUUAUAAAAGUCAAGCAAUUUCUUGAGGGGACUAAAGUCCAUUUAAAUAACCUUUGUUUUCAGCCUUCUUUAUGAUAAACAUACCCGUGCAACACGUUUUUAGAAUUUCAAACUGUAAAUAUGUUUUACAAACCCAUCACACAAGAUCUCUCCUUCCCCCACCCCAAAGCAAUAAAAUACUGCCAGUUGCUUUAUAAGCUCACCAGCAGCUGCUUUGGUUUAUUCCAGUAUUCGAGUUGUUAUGGUCAUUAUUGUUAUUGGUGAAUAUAAAGAUACUGGAUUUGUACAUUUGUAGAGUCUCCAUAUCUAAGCAAUCACGGAGUUUUCUGGUCAGUUUAAACUGUCUAACUGUAUCCUUAUUGCUGUUUCCCAUAAACAAACAAGCUCACCUGCCCUGCACACACAAGUAAGUCCGAUUUAUAUUUCAGCACUGCCAGAAAUGACAUUCAAUGCUGAAUCAUGUAAAAAAUAAUGUUCAUGAGUCACUUAAAUAUGUAUUUUUAUUUGUAACAAAUAAGUAUUAAACUGUAAAGUAUUUUUGUACAAAUUUAAUACUUUAAUAGCAUGAUAUUUAUCGUCCAUGUAUGUUUUUUGAAAUUCAAACUGUUGCAAAUAUUUGUAUGGAAAAACUGUAUAAACUGAAAUAAACAGUGAUUUAAAGACAUUAA